CCAAAAACGUUCAUUGAAGAGCAAAAACGUAAAAGAAAAUCAAAGUAUGUGUCAAAAACAAAAACGCUUAACAAAAAGUUGAAACGUGACGCUUAACAAAAAACUAAAAAAACAUUGAAAAGUAAAUCAUCGAUGUUAACAUCGAAUCGAAACCGAAAAAUCGAUGUUUUUUAAACAUCGAUACAUCUUGCACAUUUAUUUUCUUGUUGGUUCUUGUUAUCUUGUUUAAAAAAAACGUAAACAAUUUGAAAAUAAGUAAUUUCUCAUUCCAUCUAUUUUGUAGUUUAUCUUCAUAUUAAUUUAUCAAAAUGAGCCAAACGAAGGAAACUACCUUUUGUCCAAUUUGCAAUAAAACAUUUUCUAUAGAAGAAAUCCAAGAACAUGCUAAUAAAUGUAUAUUUUUGAACUGCCCCGAAGAUGAUAUGUCGAAAAGGAAACGUUCACCAUCGCCAGUGUUUCACCAGAAUAAACCAAGAGUAACAAUAAACCAAAAAUCUCCUAGAGGUAUACAUAAAUUUUCCUCUACAUUCGAUAGAGAGAAUAAAGAUAUUAACAAAAAUGCAGAGAGUACCAGUAAUUGUGAAUUUAAGUCGCAGUUCGGUACGAGUUCGUCCCUGGGGCCCCGACAGCUGAACCCUAACAAUUUUUCAGUACCACUAGCAAAACAGGUGGCACCUAAAAGUUUAAAGGAUUUUUUUGGACAAACUAAUAUACUAGGUAAAGAUACAGUAUUACGAUCAUUACUAGAAAAAGCAGAAAUACCAAAUAUGGUGCUUUGGGGCCCUCCAGGUUGCGGAAAAACAUCCUUAGCUGGAGUUAUUAAUGAAAUAUGCAAAUCUAAUCCAAAUAAAUUAAGAUUCACUUCUCUAUGUGCAGCAAGUUGUGGUGUAAAAGACGUUCAAAAUGUUAUAAGUAUUUCUAAAAAUGAAAUGAAAUUUGGUAGGAAAACCAUUUUAUUUAUGGACGAAAUUCAUGCUUUUAAUAAAAAACAACAAGAUACAAUGUUGCUUAGUGUUGAAAGGGGCGACAUCACAUUAGUAGGUGCUACAACUGAGAAUCCAUCUUUUUCAAUUAAUUCUGCAUUGCUAAGCAGAUGUAGAGUUAUAGUAAUGGAGAAGUUAGACUGUGAUACUGUAUAUUCAAUUUUAAUAAAUGCUUCAAUUAAGUUUAAGGUCGAUUUAGUGAAUAAUUCUUUACCACAAAGUGGUGGUCUUGAUAAGGAAAAGGGUUCACAUGUAGCUAUAGAAGAUUCAGCUCUAAGGUGGUUAGCUGAUGUAAGUGAUGGUGAUGCAAGAAUUGCUCUAAAUAAUUUACAAUUGGUAAUACAACAUAAUGAUACUGGAAAAAUUAUUACUGUAGAUGACGUUAAGGAAGGUAUGAAAAAAUCUCAUAUGUUAUAUGAUCGUAAAGGAGAAGAACAUUAUAAUAUAAUAUCAGCCAUGCACAAAUCUAUAAGAGGUUCUGAUGAAAACGCUGCACUUUAUUGGACUACACGAAUGAUAGUUAGUGGAGAAGAUCCUAGAUUCAUAGCUAGAAGACUUGUAAGAGCAGCUAGUGAAGACAUAGGAAAUGCUGAUCCAAACGCUCUUCAGCUAGCAGUGUCUACAAUGCAGGGUUGUCAGUUACUUGGUAUGCCUGAAGCUGAUGUCCUUCUUGCUCAAUGUUCUAUUUAUUUAGCUCGUGCACCAAAAUCCAGGGAAGCGGAUAGCGCUUUAGCUAAAGCAAAAUCUUUAAUUUUGAAUCACAGAGGACCUCAACCUUCAGUACCGAUGCAUAUUAGAAAUGCUCCUACAAAGUUUAUGAAAGAAAUGGGUUAUAGUAAACUUAAACCUGGUGAAACAUUUUCGUAUAUGCCUCCAGAUCUAAAGGAUGUCAAUUUUUUUUGAAUAAAUAUCAAGAGUUUAUUUUAUAAAUGCUAUUAAAAUAUUGUUACCGAAAUACCUAUUUUGUUACUUAUGUUUUAUUUUUGAAUCAUUAAAAUUAUUUUUACAUC